ACACAGUCUCCUUGACACAACAAACACCCCCUGAUAAGAUAAAAACGCAGUUUCCAUGACACAACAAACACGGCGAUCGAUCGAUAAUUUCAGUUGACUCUUGAGACAGAAGCUAUGGCAAUUUUGAGGCGAGCACUGACAGCUGGUCGAACCUGGCGAUCCGUCCCCGUCCGUCAAACCCUAAACCCUAAUCCUCCUCCGCGCGCUUUCUCACCUCACCUCCCAUUUCCUAGCCUUCUCUGCCACCGCACUUUGGAGCACCAAUUUCAUACCACUGCGUCUGAGAUUGUGUUGGUUGGUUUGGCAGCUGGUUUGACCGCACUUGGGGUCAGAGGUCUGGCUCAAACGUCUGCAAACUUGGCUAAAUUGUCUGCGUUUCUAGAGAGCGUAGUGGGAAGAGAGUUGAGACUACAAGCAACUGACAGAACGUUGGCCCAUGCACUAAAUGACUCCUACCUGGACAGUAAAGAUAUUGAUAUUUCUAAACCCGCUUUGCGCUUCAUUCCUAGUGCUGCUGAGGGACAAAAGGUUUUAAUCAAGUUCCAAACUCCUGCGACUCGUGACGUUGCACAACUGAUUGCAAAUAUUGCUUCUGAUCGUGGAUUAAUAAUAAAAAGUGGUAGUGGUUUACAUGCGCGCAUCCACUAUUUUUUUCCUUCUCGCAGUCGAGUUUAUUGUCAAAUAAUGCUAGCUCGCCCAGACAAAAUGAAGGAAACUGGAGGUGAAGGAGGGGAUCUGCGAAUUAAAGUAUUCCGCUCAGUACUUCCUUUUUCAGAUACAUUUGAAAUUGAAUUUGUGAAGGAUGGGGUCUGGAGUCUGAAGGAGGUGGAUGCUUUGGUGGCUACUUUUACUUCACAAUUAGCUGGUGGGAAGAUCGAGCCCGCCAAGCGCCAGAUGAAUGAAUUUGCAGCACCAGCAGACCAGAGAUGAGGGGAGAGACAAGAUGAUUUAACUCCUUGGUGCUUUUUCUGUCAGUUGGAUCCUUUAUUAAUAGAACAAAGUAUGUAGGCAUACCUAGUUCUUAAUAAUUCGACUUUUAUGAAGUUUAUUUCUUUGCUACAUCGGAUGCUUGUCGUUGUUUUGAACGAGACAUGUUUGUUUCUAUUAUCUAUUAACGUAUUUAUUCCUUAUUUA